UUCUGCCAGUACCACCCAAGCCGCUCUUUACGGCGGGCGGGCAAGGCAGAAAUGCUACCCAGACGAAACGGUAAUAAAUCUGAAUGUGAUUAAAUGAAAUAUUUAAUAUUAACACACGAAACAAAAUAUCGGAUCUCUAAUUAAUAUUAUUGUGAGGUUUUGAAUAUUAAAAACUGUUUUUAGGAUUGUGCGCAGAGAUUUUAGAGUGAAAUAAAUCUGCUAAAUCAGUACUAAGAUUGAGGAAUUAUGGACUAAUAAGCAUCUACCACUGGAAAUUUCGCCCUGGAAUGUAAUUUGCAACGGGAAACGCGCAAAAGGGCGCGAAUCACCUAUUCCCUUAAAUCGAUAGAUAAUCUAGUGGUCGCCCACCAUGCCGGCGCGUAUACUGAGCGCGCGCGAGACGGUGGGCGAGGUCUCAGAAAGCCCCUUCGCCAACUACGAGUCCCUGACGCAGGCCGCCAUCAUCGGUGCCAUUGGCAUCGCCAUCGUCGCUUCGAACCUACUCAUCAUUGCUGCAUAUCUCAACUUUAAAGGUCUAUCCCACGAAGUGAUAAACUACUACCUACUGUCACUGGCCGUUGCGGAUCUACUCUGUGGUCUAUUCGUGGUACCGUUAUCUGUGUACCCCGCACUGACAGGCCGAUGGAUGUUCGGAAACUUCAUGUGUAGACUCGCUGGGUACAUAGAAGUGACUCUAUGGUGCGUUUCAGUUUACACUUUCAUGUGGAUUUCUGUGGACCGCUACCUGGCCGUAAGAAAGCCGCUGAGAUAUGAGACGGUCAGUCUGACGGUCCAGACUCGAACACGCAGCCAAUGCUGGAUGGUCUUCACAUGGAUAUCCGCAGCAAUGCUGUGCUGUCCACCAUUACUGGGCUACAAGAAAGAUGCGUACUUCGACAAGGAAACCUUUAUAUGCAUGCUGGAUUGGGGAUCCACAUCUGCGUAUACUGCAACUUUAUCGAUACUAGUAUUGGGUCCUAGCGUGAUAUCGAUUGUUUAUAACUAUUAUUAUAUAUUUGCAACGAGGAGAAAAUUGCACAGCGGUGUGCCUAUUCAUGAUAAGGAAUAUGCUACGGCGUUAGCAGAGAAUCUGUCAAAUCCGAGUCAUUGCAUGUCAUUUGUUUUGGUGACAGUUUUUUGGUUGAGUUGGGCUCCGUACGCAUGUGUGCGUUUCUAUGAAUUCAUAAUACAACAACAGUUGAAAGUGCCCAUGUUGCAUUUCAGUGUUGUGUGGAUGGGUAUAUUGAAUUCUUUUUGGAAAUUCGUGAUACUUUUGGCUUUGAGUCCGCAGUUUCGGUUGGCUGUGCGGAUUCUGUGUUUGACAUUCUGUUGUCGUUCCAAUGCUAGACUGCAGGCUGAGUUGAUUGGUUUGGAUAAUGAUGAUUAAUUUUUUAAUUUUGUUUAUUUAAAACUUUUUUUUUUUUUGAUCAAACCAUCUAUAUCAUAAUAUUCAAUUUUAUAAAGUUUUUUUUUAAUUAUCAAUUUUAAUUAAUUUAAAACUUAAAUUAAGUAAAACAAUUAUAUUUAUUGACUAAAUUAACUACUAAACCUAUUUAUUAUGAAGAUUUUAAAAAAGAUAAAAGUUUAUUUACAGACUUAGGUGUCGUAGAAUCGACAAUCAUUGGUAAAGUGCCCAGAAGGCUGGCAAUAUUGCCACAUUGUAUGGCAAUACUGAUUCUCUGACCUAAAUAUAGCCUUCUGGUCGAUUAAUCGCUUUGCGAUUUCUUUAAAAAGAAAGCUUAGAAAGAUUUUUAAUUCAAAUAGUCUAAUUUAAGUUGUUUCAGUGACGUCAGGACUCAUUUAUUAACAGAUUCAAGCGCAUUGACCUCUUAUAUUACAAGGACGCAAAAUUAUAUAGAAAAUUUGAUUGCUUUGACAGUUUUAGAAUUAUUUGUGACGAAAAUUAUACCUAAAGGCCUUUAAAUAUAGUCCAAUAUUCAAUAAAAUCCCAAUUUCAGAGCAAAUUCAACCAUAAUUUUGAUUAUGAUUGCGUUUAACGUUGAAUUUACAAAUACGACUACUUGAGUUGAGUGCCAAGAAGUUGAGUUUGGCACUCAUUGAGUGGGGACGUUUUUUGGUCGCUGAUUGUGCAUCCACUUUUUAAUAAGAGAUCGAUGCUCAAGAGUCGUCAAUUCGACGAGUAUUUUUUUUUAAACUUCGUCAUUAAUGAACGUCUUCGUUAGAUUAGUCUAAGACCUCAAAAAGGUUAUAUUGGUAUUUUUUUUUAAUUUGUGUAACAGGCCGUACAGACUACUUUAGUAUUUUAGUCGAGUAUGAACAAGUUUUGCAUUUACCGCCCAAAAAUCGUUCGAACUCGACUAAGAUACCUACUAAAGUAGUCCGAACUAGGCCUAAAAUAGUCAUGUGUCUAUGACGUGGUAAGUCCGCUUAAAAAGACUCCGAAGGAAGAGGUUCUUAUAUUUGUAUUUUUUUUUUAUUUUGAGAAGUAGUCGUACUUGUACCUCAGACCAAUUAUAGAAGAACCUGUAUCGCACUCAUAAUCCAGAACAAAAUUAUCUGUCAUUUUCUGAGGAAAACGAGCUUAGAUUUGGUAUAUAUCUUAUACUAAACUAGAAGUUUUUGUCCGUUUUUUACACCAUUCAAUUACACAGAAAGGUAUUUUUACGGAGCUCUUUAACCGACUAACACAAUUACAACUAUUUAACAUCGAUUCUAUUGAGACAGUUUUUAUAAUCGCAUUAGAUCGUUAAUUAUUUUGACAGAAAAGUAACGUCUAGCGAGGCAGGUCCUAUACAAUAAUUGGUCUGAGACUUGUACCGACUCUUAAAUCUAUGAGUAGUCGUGUGUCAAUGACAUUGACAUAUUUAUGAAAGGAGGUUCUCGUUUUGACGUUUUUUUUUUUUAAUUAAAUUGGAAUAGUAUAAUUUACUCGUAAGUUUAGUGUCGUGUCGUGGAUUAAUGACGUCAAGACCUUUUAAAAAGGUCGUCAAUCGUCUGGACUUUUUAUUUUAAGUCGGUAGAAGCUACGGUUUGCUAAUACAAAUGUAGCUUUGGUGACCACGGCCAGCCAUUACUCUUAAGGUCCGUUUAUAUCUACAGACACAGUGCGUCACAGACGCGUAGCGUGGCAGACACCCACAGACACCGUCUAUUCACACUGCCCUGUAGGUAGCUAGAGACAAUUGAAGUCCUUUUCAUGAUAGAAGUCCAAGGUUGCCUGGAAGAAAUCGCUACGUAGCGAUAAGGCCUUUUGUAUCCUACUUAUGUGUACUUUUUUCUGUCUUAUUAUUUGUUUAUCUUACGUUGUGGUGUACAAAUAAAGUACAAAAUGCUCUGUGAGCGGAAAAAUAGCUCACAACGUGUUGCUUAUAGUAGUAGCUUAUUUAUUUGACAUGCAACUUAUAUUAAAAUAGGUUAAUAAUUAAAUAUAAUUACGCGGAUCUAUGUGUCUAUUGUAUAUUACAUAGAUGAACAAUAUACUUAAUGAAAAAUUUUAUCGAAAAUAAUAUUUUUUUUGUAUGUUGAGAGAGUUAAGAGAUCAUAAUAUGAGCAAAGAUUUUAAUUAUAAAAUCGGCGUCAAAAAAUGCACAUGCAGUCUUAGCGAUUAUGACAUGAAUACUAGAUUAUUUAAUUAAAUUUAUAAAAAAACAAAACUAAACUCUGAUAACUAGAGAGGAUAAUUGCCUGUUCAAUGUCUUGAACUAGGACCCAGUGUUACCAACUCCCAAAAAUAUUGAUCUCUAAACUUUGUGUCAAAAACCCCUAAAACCGCCUUAAUUAUUGAGUUGUCCCCCUAAAAAAUAUAAAUUCAUAAUGUUUUGGAAAAUAAUAUGCUUGUGUUACAAAAGUCGUUAUUUAAUACAUAAAAUAUUACGUCUUCAUCUGAAGAUUGAGAUUUUUUGAACUCACACAUGUUGAAUUUUUGACUUUGAAUAAAUUUAAUAUUUUUUUUAACCACAGAGUGGUUGUAGAAUUACGUAUUAUACGUCGUUAUAAGUCGCUAGGUCAAGAAAGAGAUAUUAAUAUUAUCAAUUUAAAAAUACAUAUUAAAGAGUAAAAAAAUCACUGAAAAUACCCCUGAAAAUUUCAGACCCCUAAAAAUCCCACCUCACUUAUUCAACCCUAAAUCUGGGGGAAAACCCCUAAAUUGGGAACCCUGCUAGGACCAAAUUAAUCUUUAUGCCUACGAGUAACAGGCAUCUAUCUCCCUAUAACCAAAGACAUUUUAUACUAUAGACCUGUUACGUGCCUACAAAUCACCGCAAAAGUGAGCCGAAUUUAGCGACACAACUGAGCGCACACAUGCAUAAUUUUGUGUUUAAAUCCAUUAUAUAUUUAUGUAUAUACAGUUUUUUAAGUUCCUGAACACAUAACUCGACUUUGCAUACAAUAUCUAGGUAUUAUUUUGUUUAAAUAACUUUCGUUGCUUACUAUGCGACUAAAUAAAAUUAUUCAAAAUUCAUUUAUUUCAAUAAGGCUUAGUUUACAAGCACUUUUCAAAAGUCAAGUUAUGUCAUAAUUUAAUUUAAUGGUGGUAAAAAUAGUCGAAAACUUAAAAUUAAAGUUACGAGGGUUCUUGGUCCGAGAAGAGCUCACAACAAACUCAGUCAGGUUUAUCCUUUUUUAGUUUAUCACCAUUUAACAAUAGGUAUAUAAAGGUUGGAGGUGCAUACCCCGGGACCGGAUUCGAACCUACGCCCUCCGCAAUCGGAGGCAGAGGUCAUAUCCACUGGGCUAUCUCGAGAAAACAUCUCGAGGAAACCUGCAUACCAGAGAAUUUUCUUAAUUCUCUGCGUGUGUAAGCCAGCGUGGUGGACUAUUGGCCUAAACAAACAUUCUGAGAGGAGACUCGUACUCAGCAGUGAGCUGAAUAUGGGUUGAUAACUAAAGUACGGUUGGCUUUACGGGGAGUGUAGCACCACAUCUUCCCAGUUCCGGGCUGAGAAUUUUUGAUUUUUUUUUAAUAUGAAAGAAAAGAAGGAAAAGGAUUUUAUAAUUAAAAUCUUUGCUAAUUAUUUUAAUAUUAAAACAACAACAAUCACUACAAAAGUCAUUCCUUUUAGUAUAAGAAAUUAUUCGUAGUCGAUAGAGACGGUGGCGUGCACCAGUGUAUGAAUAGAGUAUGCAUGUACAGAGCACAAGGUAUUCAACUAGUUCCGUUUUUGUAAAUGUUCGGAACCGUAAAAACGGUAUGAAAAAGGGAUUACGGUAUGAAAAAGGGAUUACUGUAUGAAAAAGGGAUUACGGUAUGAAAAAGGGAUACCUACUUACUUUACGAGUAAUACUAAAAUAUUUAGACGGCCUCCGUGGCGCAGUGGUAUGCGCAGUGGACUUACAAGACGGAGGUUCUGGGUUCGAUCCCCGGCUGGACCGAUUGGAGGUUUUCUUAAUUGGUCCAGGUCUGGCUGGUGGGAGGCUUUGGCUGUGGCUAGUUACCACCUUACCGACAAAGACGUACGAAGUCGUGUAGAAACCGAAAGGGGUGUGGAUUUCAUCCUCCUCCUUAGCUAGUUAGCCCGAUUCCAUCUUAGAUUGCAUCAUCACUUACCAUCAGGUGAGAUUGUAGACAAGGGCUAACUUGUAAAGAAUGAAAAAAAAAAACAUGUGGAGUGCACGCCACUGUAUAAAUAUAAAUUAUAAAUUAUAAUAGAUCUAAGAAUUUAUUGAGAAUAAUAAUAGUAUUUUUAUUAAAGACAAAAUAGCACGAUUUAUCUUUUAAUAAUAUAAUCUAUAACAAAACAUAUAGAGAAACCAAAUAUAUAUUUAUUAGUAUAUUUGUAGCAAAAUUAUUUACAUUUAGACCGUAAAUGUUGUAUUUGAAGUAGAAUCAUAAUAUUUAUUUACGUAUUUACGAAUUCAAUACAUUUUUAAUAAUAAUAAUAAUAAACAUAAUAAUAACAUUGGAUAGGUUGUAUAGUAACCGAUCUUUGCCUGUCCCCUAGUCGAAAAAAAAUAUGGAAAUUUAUAUUAUGACAACAGCUUUAAAUUAAAAUUAAUUAUAAUUAUCAAUAUAAAAUUAUUGUUUUAAAUUUUAAGUCAAGGGGAUAAUAAUUAUGAUUAAUUAUUUUUGUAACUUUCUUUGAUAAACUGGCAAUGAUACUAUAAAAUAGUUAAUCUUUGUAAAUAGGCAUGUCUGUUGAUUUUCAAAAUGGUUCCUCUAGCCAUGUGGCACGUCCAUUCUCUGUCUACAAACGCUAACGCUUCGAAAACUAAUUAACUAACGAUCGAGAUCACUUGACUUGUCGAUAACAAAUGUCAUUCCCAUACAUUUUUACCCGACUGUAAGAAGGGUUAUGUUUUUUCGCGCGUAUCUUGUAUGUAUGUAUGUAAUAUUCUUUAUUACCUUGUAAUUUCCAAAUCGCAAUUUACGCAAUUAAGGUACCGUUAGAUAUGUCUUAAUAACCCAAGUGUUCUUAGAUAGGUGAAGUUAUAAAAACCCAACAUUACGACUGUCAAACGCUAGACUCGAAAUGAAAAAAAAAAAUUCUCGAAUAUGGGUAUCAAAUUAAAGGGCUCAUCAAGAUAAUUUCAAAAUGGUAUAUCAUGGCCAUAUUAAAAAAAAAACCUACAGUUAGAAAAACGUUAUUUCUUCGCCAUACAAAAUACGCGAGGCGGAUGACUGGGUGCGAGCAGGUUAGGCAGUCGGAUUUAUUAUUUUUUUUUUAAUUGACUUAUUCAAUUUUCGAAGCGUUUUCUACUGUAGAAAGAGAACGUGCCACAUGAAUAUAGGACUUAGCGCAAAAUAAAAAUUAGUUAUGUACUAUAUCUACGUACCUAAUUCGCUGCGGCACGAGGUCAAUUGACCUCGUACCACACCAUCAAAAAGUCAACGAGGUCAAAAAACCUCGUAUUGCACCAGCGAUGCGACACGAGGUCAAUUGACCUCGUACCACACCACCAAAAAGUUUAGUACGAGGUCAAAAAACCUCGUAUUGCACCAGGAGAAAGUACUGAAAAAUCAGCAGCGAACAUGAUAAAUGUGUUACUGCAUAGUUUACCUAAAGGUCAUGUACUAUACAAUAAGGUUUUAAAUAUAUUAUGUGAACAGUAGAUAUUAUGUAUCAAUGGAUGCAAAACGUGUGAAUGAAUAAUUAGUAAAAUGUAGAUAAGUAAUCCGUAAUUUAUCUUUUCCCUGGUUAAAAGUUGGCAACAUUCUACAUAGAUUAAGUCACUGUCAUAUUUAUUUUAAGCGAGCAUUUUCGUUUCUUUCGUGAGAAAUCCUUACCCUUCAUUUUGGGCCCCCAAAUAAUUUUGUUUCAGGGCCCUUCUAAAGCACACUACGCCACUGUAAGUAGACAAUAGGGAUGAUGACAGUUUUUUAAAUUGUAUAUAAAUUAAGAGUAUGCAACUUUGUAAAAGUAACAGGAUAUCUGCGAUCAUUACUUUCGGAGCUACAGGGAUUUAAAGGGUCUGAUUUGCGAACCCUGAAAAAGCCUCAUACAAAAUGGCACGAAUUAAUGACGUCGUUGGCUCGCUUAUCGUUAGAUUUGUAUGUGCGUUCAAACAAAAUUACUAAUAUCUUUGUUAUUUGUGCGAUUAUGUUUAUAGUUCAUUUAUUGAAAAAUGUCACAUUUAAUGUAAGGAAGCUAAAACUGUAUGAAUUUUCAUCUAAUUACGAUAAAAAAAUUGUAGAUUUUGAAAUUUAUAAUGAUUUUUAUGAAUAAAUUAAUUAAUCCUUAUUUACCCGAAUGUAUCAUAAAAAUCAAUAUAUUCAAACCUAGUCAUCAUCCCCAUUAGACAUGCUAAGGUUUCACAUAAAUAAGUAAAUAAAUAAUUAAAUAAUUCGAUAGUAAAUGAUUAAACUUGUCCAAAGAAUAAAAUUAAUCAAUAUUUUAUGUAAUUUUAAUACAUAUUUCUAAGUAGAAAAGUUUGUAUGAUGAAGAAUGAAACCACCUUUUCUCACUGACUCCAAAUUGGUCUUAGCAGAAGCUAUGCUUGGAGUAUCUCUGCGUGAUCGAAUCAGAUAUGAGGAGAUCCGCAGACGAACCAAAGUCACCGACAUAGCUCAACGAGCGAAGCUGAAGUGGCAAUGGGCGGGGCACAUAGUUCGAAGAGCCGAUGGACGUUGGCAAGGUGCUGGAAUAGUUAGUUAGUAUUAAAUAUGUUAUGAUUUAAGUUAGAUUAAGUUGUUUGUCUUCAAAAAAAGGUAGGGGUUCUCAAUUCGAAGUUUAUGUUUGUUUGUAAUAUAUGUAUUUACAAACCAAUUGUGAAAAUUCUUUUUUUUUUUUGAAAGAGAUUAAUUCUACAUUUUUUAACCGACUUCCAAAAAGGAGGAGGUUCUACGUUCAUCUGGAUGUAUGUUUUUUUUUUUUUUUACUACCAUUCCACGUGGGUAUAGCUGUUAUGAUAAGUUAGAUUAAGUUUUUUUUUUUUUAAGAAUAUUUGCCAUAUUUUGAAUAUCUCUUCCCCUCCAACUAGUCGGGAAAAACUGUGUUAGGAGUGGGUACGACAUUAGACCAACGGGGCGGGGAUCGAACCACCAUCCCUCCGUGAUGAGUCUGACCGCUUUACCACUGAGCUAUUGAGGCUAAAUUUAGAUUUAAGUGAGUUUCUAAUUGUAUUAUUUUUUAAUAAUAAUAAAUAAAUGAGAUUUAGUUUAUUUAUAUUUAAAUAAUAUACUUAUUUAUAUAUGUAUUAUAAUAAUUGUUGUUUAAAAAAUAAUCAAAGUAGAAAAAUGUGAAUGUUAAGUGUCUAAUAAAUGAAUUAUAUUUU